CAAAUGUUUGGCGCGAAGUGACAGAUGUUUGUUGUGUUUGUGUUUGUCUUCAGAAGUGAUUCACUAUUUUGAUUGACAUGUCAUGUGAUUGUCAUUACCAUCGAUGGACACAAUGACAGAUCAACUUACGACUAGAGAUAGACAACUAACACAAUUGAAGUUAAAAAUCAAGAAAUGGGAGAAAGAGUUUUGCGAUACGAAUGACAGAAAACCCAAUAAACGGGACAUCGAUUCAGAUAAUGGCAUCAGAUAUGAGUACAAGAAGUACUGGAGUCUAAUACGGAAGUCAAACAACAAGAAUGAUGUUUGGAGUAAAAGUCAUAACAAGAAUGAGACGCAUAAAGACAGCCAAAACUCUGUCUCCGAUCGCAAUGUCUUCAAUUCGUUGUCGAAGAAGAUGUUCGACACUUAUGUAAAGACUACGACUACCAAUGAUGGCAAAGAACGUACCGGCGAUGUGAUGUCAUUUAGGAAGAGAUUAACACAAAGACUUAUAUCAAUUGAUAGUGUAAAGAGUGUUAAAAGUGACGAACAAAAACUAAAUGAGAUCACUGUCUCUGGUGAUGAUAAUGUGACCACAGGUUGUCCUAAACUUAAUCCGGUGUUAAUUAGAGCCAAGAGUAUUGACGAAUCAAUUUUGAGAUCAAUUUCUAAUGAGUUUAAAGCCAAUAAUAACAAACAAAAUACAGAUCCGAAAGACAAGUUGGAUGGCUAUUCUCAACCAAUGGUAGACAAUAGCCUUAUUGAUGAUAUAAUCAAUAGAAUCGAUAACAUUGAUGUCAUUUCAAAAAGUGAUAAAAAUGUCCGAAUUGGUGGUCAGACUACACAAGUUAUUGAACCGCAAUCGGACUCGCGAUCUAAAGAUUCACUCAAUUUCAGUGAUCUUCACAUCAGUUCUUCACAUACGAGAAUCAAACGCAAGUCAGAUGUCUUUGAUUUUGAUGACGACUUUGAUGACAACACUAACGAAAAAACAGCGAAACGAAAAAUUUAUGCCGAUUUAGACACAGUUAAGAAUAAACAACAGACAACAGGUUAUUCUGUUAGUCCAAUGAAUAGUAGCGAAGAAAAUAUUGACACCAAUUGUAGAACAAACGAGAAGAAGACGACGAAAAAGUUUUUUACAUCAAAUGACAGAAACAAAAGAAUGAAUGUCUUGACUAAGAUUACAAUUAAUUCACUCAUAGGUAUUGACAAUCAUAUCGAAGUUAUGUCAAAAGAUAGACACAUUAAGACAACAUCUAUUACUAAAAUAAGGACAACAACUGACAAAAGUACAAAUAAUAUCGAUAAUCAAAUGUCAAUUGAAAGCGAAUCGUCAAAAGAGAUAACAAAAACUAAGUCAAAGAAAUUAAAGACAAAGAAAGUUGAGACCAAUUUCAAGAGAUUAAAUAUGAAGAAGAAAAUGUUUGCGUCGAGAGGUUACAAGAAAUUUAAUAUAAGAAAAUAUAAGCGAACAAAAUGGAAACAAACGGUUUACCAAAAUCGCAACAAUUGUUACAAAUGUGGUGCCACUGGUCACUGGGCUAAAGAUUGUACAGACAUUGACGCACCCGAUGCUGAUGUGUUUGAUGACGAACUCAAAAAGUUGGGCGUUAGUAAAGGUAUCGAUGAUAUACAAGAAAACAUUGCAAUUGAACCCCUAAUUAGUGAUAUGAGUGAUCUAAAAGAUGAAUCGAUACAUGAAGUUUUGAUGACUAUGGGACACAAAGAAUUUAGAGCACAUCAAGAGAUUACAAUUAAUCGCAUAUUAAGUGGAAAGUCAUGUCUGUUAAUAUCAUCGACUGGUUCGGGAAAAUCUUUGUGCUAUCAAUUGCCGGCCUAUUUGUAUUGGAAAUAUAGGAAAGCAAUUACUUUAGUUAUUUCGCCAUUAAUUUCUCUAAUGGAGGAUCAAUUGACUACAUUUCCCAAAUGUCUUAAAGCUGUUUGUAUUCACAGCGGUCUCAGUCCAUCACAAAGACAAACAGCUAUGAACUCAUUAUUAUCCGGUGAAUCACAAGUAUUAUUAUUGAGUCCCGAAGCCAUAACUGGUGGCAAUACAUGUGUUAAUUUAAAUUCCUUGCCAUCAAUCGGUUUUGUCUGUAUCGAUGAGGCGCACUGUUUGUCCGAGUGGUCCAAUAAUUUCCGUCCAUCUUAUCUUCAAUUGUAUCGCGUAUUGAAAAGCAAACUUAAAAUAAAAACAUUUCUUGCAUUGACAGCAACUGCCACUAAAAAGACGUCACUUACUAUAGCCCGUACUCUGGGUCUCGAUCCCGACACUGACAUAAUUGGUACGACAUUAGUGCCCGAAAAUCUUGUGCUAUCGGUUUCCAGAGAUUCUAACAAAGAGUUAGCUUUAAUUGAUUUACUUAGAAGUGAUCGAUUCAAUAGUUUGAAGUCUAUUAUUGUUUAUUGUACGCGAAGAGAACAAACAGAAAAACUGGCGACACUUAUAAGGAUUAGUUUUCAAGAUAUUAGACAAACUAAUCAAAAAACAGGAAAGAGUCGUAUAGUUUGGGACGCACAGGCAUAUCACGCCGGUAUGACUUCUGACCAACGAAGUCGAGUACAGAAGCGCUUCAUAAAAGGAGAUUUGAGAGUAAUUGUUGCCACCAUUGCCUUCGGAAUGGGUAUCAAUAAGGCUAAUAUUCGAGCCAUAAUACACUAUAAUAUGCCAAAGAGUUUUGAAAAUUAUUUACAAGAGAUUGGAAGGGCCGGUAGGGAUGGCCUCGAAGCGCACUGUCAUCUGUUUCUAGAUUCAGAUGGAAGUGAUUUGUUUGAAUUGCAGCGACAUAUUUAUGCUAACAGUACGGAUAGAAAAUGUUUGAGAAAAUUAAUUGAAAAAGUGUUCAAAUCUUGUAAAUGUCGAUCAAUUGCUAAUCUUGAAUCCGAAAAUGCUGACCAAACUAUGGACAGUGUAUGCGUCGGACAUGAGAUUGCUUUUCCAAUAGAGCCGACUGUUAUGGAACUGGAUUUAAAAGAGGAGACUAUAUCAACAUUAAUAACAUAUUUAGAGUUAGAUUUUUGUAGAGAUAAAGUACAUCUGUUAUCCCCUAUAAAUUCAAUGUGCACUCUAUUAUGUUAUGGAAAUGGAUCCGAACAGAUGARAGCACUGUCUAAACGAUGUCCUAUUGUUGGUAUUGCUCUGACUUUAUAUCAAAAGAGUAAUUCAACUCAAGAUAUUCCAAGUCAAAUGAAAUUUGAUUUAGUGGAGGUGUGCUCAAUGUUGGGCCGCCCUAUCAGUGCCGUACGCAAUGAGUUAAGACAAUUGGAGUGGCAAGAAGUGAAUGGCCGUAAAAAACGAACUAACAUUAGAAUUAUGUUCUCUGAUCUGUCAUUUUAUCUCAAGAGUGUCGGCGACUUAAGCGAAGAUAAGCUUAACGAAUGUCUUGAAUAUCUCUAUGAUUUUACACAAAUUCAAGAAUCACUUGAUGUGUCAAAACUUCGUAACGUUUAUCUGACAUUUAGACAAUUUUCUCAAAACAAUUGCACGAAUCGUAUUAAUCAAAAUAAGAGUCUUCAGCUAAAACAACAGUUAAAUAAAUACUUUAACGACGACGACAUUGACUCUAAACUUUCAAGCGAUGCCUUUAGCGAUGAAAACUUUAGGCAAAUGUUUAGCGGAACUCAUGUUCACGACUUGGAACAGGCGAGACGUGAUGUUAGAGAUCUACUAUCCAUUCACGGCAUACAAACACUUGGAAGUGCCAGAGCUAUUGCACGUAUAUUGCAAGGAAUAGCGAGUCCCCGAUAUCCGGCCGACGUGUGGGGCAAAUGUCGCCGCUUCUGGAGGGCUGACAUUACCAUUAAUUUUAAUCAACUCUUGAAGAUUUCUAACGAAGAGCUUAUACGUUUAAAAUAGAGUUAAAAACGUUUUUUAAAAAAAUU